AUGGUUUCAAGUAAAAAAAAAUCUAAUAAACAAAACAAAUUUAAUAAUCAUUUAUCGAAUGAUAAUAACAAUAAUGAAUUAUUUGUACAUAUUGUACCAUCACAAACAUAUAUAUGUGAAAGUAAAUAUAUUGAUGUAAGUAUUAAUAAUAAACUCUUACCAAAUAAUAAUGAACAAUCUUCAUCAGCUAACAAUACAAAUGAUAUUCUGCAUUAUAAUUCGAUACAUUUUAAUUAUGAUCCUUGCCCGGCAAACUUAUGCGAUAAAAAUAAUAAAAAUAAUGAUUAUUAUCAACAAUAUUUAUCAUCUACUCGUACUUAA